UGUAAUUUUAGUCAGCAUUGGUAGCUCUUAUUUAAAAAACUCUGCGGUAUACAACAAAGCGGAAAUACAAGAGGAGGAAAACCAAUCCAGUUGUUCAAAACACAUUCGCAACAUGAACGAAAGACUGUUUAUACUGGCUAUAGAUAUCGUUCUAUAUUUCCUGCUUCUGCCCAAUUUGCCCAUAUGGGCCUACGUGCUCUUGAACCUGCUGACCUUUAAUUACCCGCUUCAAAGAUUCGCCGUGAUUUUUGUUAACGCCUUCGUCAAGUGGUACUUACUUCCGUUUUGCGAUGAAUGGGUUGCCAAAAAUUGUGAGGAAGAAACUUGUUAGGAUGUUUUAUGCCUAAGUACUCCAUUCGGCAAUUCUAAUUUCAAGAAGGGAAUGAAAGAUAUUUGGAAUAUCUAUAACUGAAAAAACCUUAAAAGUCUGUA